AUGCUCCUACUUCGCCGUGCGGCACUCCGUCGGCCGCUGUGCCGCGCGCGUCUGUCGUCCGUAGCUGCGUCUCACGUGAUCGCAGAGGAACGCGCCGUGGGCGAUGAGAAGUGGAUACGGCUCAUGCAGCAGACGAGCCGCCUCGAGUCGUCCGUGCUGCUGCCUCUGAACGAGAAGCUCUUGGGACCGCUGGACCGCAAACACAGCGAAGAGAAGCUGCCGUCGCUGCCGUUCGUGUUCCUGCUGGGCAACCACUCGUCGGGCAAGUCUUCCUUCAUCAACUACCUGUUGCAGCGCGACGUGCAGUCGACGGGCGUCGCGCCGACGGACGACGGCUUCACGAUCAUCGCGCCGGGCCACGAAGACCUGGACCAGGACGGGCCGGCGCUCGUGGGCGACCCGGAUCUGGGGUUCUCUGGUCUCCGGACGUACGGCCCGGCGCUGAUUCAGCGCACGCAGCUCAAGGUCCGCAAGGGGAUCCAGGCCAAUUUCAUGCUCGUGGACAGUCCCGGCAUGAUCGACUCGCCGCACAAUCCGUCGCACCAGGCAGAGCAAGUGGGUCACGGGAGCGCGGCAGGUGAGCGGCUGUCGUUGCAGCAGCAGAGCCGGUUGAGCAUGAAAGGACGGGACUCCGAUCGAGGGUAUGAGUUCCCAGAGGUCGUGCGCUGGUACGCCGAGCGGGCCGAUGUCAUUUUGCUCUUUUUUGACCCGGACAAACCUGGAACAACGGGCGAGACGUUGUCCAUAUUGACGCGAUCGCUGGUCGGCAUGGACCACAAGUUGCAUCUUGUGCUGAAUAAAGUGGACCAGUUUCGCAAGAUUCACGACUUUGCGCGCGCCUACGGCUCGUUGUGCUGGAACCUGAGCAAAGUCAUCCCGCUGAAGGAUUUGCCGCGUAUCUACACGAUGUGCAUUCCCACCAAGGACAAUCAGAUGCAGGCAGCGGAGGGACUGGGUACAUCGAUGAAAGAUCUGGAUGCUAUGCGCGAUGAAGUGGUGAGCGAGGUGCAACGUGCUCCCGAGCGCCGGGUGGACAACCUUAUUACAAACCUGUAUGACUCGUCGCGGCUGCUGAAGAUGCAUGCCGAGGUGUUUGAAGACCUGCGCACUCGCUAUGCUAGCGAGAAACGGCGUCGUCUCGCGCUCGUGUUUGCCGCGUUUGUCGGUGGCAAUGCUCUCGCGGCUUCGGUACUUGCGGGUGGUGCGAUUGAAGCUGCGACGGGACUGUCUGUUGCCAGUGCGCUAGCGUCCGCCGGUGUUGUGUGGCACAACUCGACUGUGAUGACUCAGCUUGAGCGCGACUUGCUGCACGAGGACUCGCUGGAUGAGCUGUUUCGUCGCCGCUACGGCCGUCAGUUGGCAGAGGGAGACGAGUACGUGAUGUCGUUGUGGAAGCGCGUUCUGCCGUCUCUACAGGUGGCCGUACACACGCUAGGCUUCAGCAUGUUGCCUCGGCUAAAGAACUCGGAGAUCACGGCACUCGACAAUAUCGUGAGCAACGAGAUCCCGGAACUGCGACGGCAGUGCGCUCCCACGCACAGCAGUCUAGUUCACCAGGUUGCCAAGAUGUUUCGCAACUAA